CAACAAAUAUGCACAAUUAAACACAUUUAUAAAUAAAAACGGAAAAAUAAUAGGCUUGGACAUUCAAAACCUUCUCAAUAUAAAACAACAUUUUUACUAUGUUUUGUAAAAAAAAUAUUUGUAACAAUAACAACACAACAAAAAUAGCAAUACAAUAAUAAUAACAACAAUAAUAAAAUAAAGAUUAUUGUUAUGUUUGAUGGGUUUUACUGUUUAUAGCCUAUAUAGGCAUAUAUAUUAGAUUCCUCAGAUAUUCGCUAUUGAUGAAUUAGACAAUAAAUUAAUACUUUUUUAUGUCACCGAACACUAGAUGGCGAAAUUGUACAUCACACUUGAUUGGUUUAAUUUUCCCAAACGUGUCAAGAAUAAACCCUACACCCUUACUAUCCAACACGAUUUUUAAUACAUUUAUAUUCUUUGAAAAUACGGUUUGUAUUUUCUGUUAUUUAUUUUUUUAUUUUUUUGCAACAAAACUUUUUCUAAGUAUUUUCAUCACUUCAUCAGGCCUCUUUCACCUGAUUCAAUAAACGUUUCUAAUGAUUCAAAACGCUUCUGAAUGUUUUAAGUAUAAUUUUGCGUCCAAAAUAUAGGCUAACUGUGUUAUGGACUGAAAAGUAAAUGAAAAACAGCCAACAAGUGUCCAGCACAUGUGGGAACUCCUUCAAGACUUCCAGAACAAUGCCAAGAUGCAGAGUUUGCAAAAAAAAAAAAAAAAAAAAAAGAUAGACUUGUUAGGGAUUAUUACUCCCAAAUGUUAAAAAUACUCAUAAAUAAGAACGAGAGGCGCUUUUCUCAUUCACUCAAAAGCAGCAGCGCAAAAAUAAAUGCAUAAAUAAAUAAACAGGAAAUAAUAACGAUGAAUUCAUAAGAAUGACAAAUAAAGGAAAAUAAACAAUAUUUUAAAAAUGCACAGGAAUGAACGGAAAGGUGAAUAUAUUUUGACUUCGUUUACAAACUUAUAUAUAGGCUAUACAUUUUAUUACAUUACUACAAUUAUAAAACAAAAAAGUUAAUCUAAAUUGGUCAUUUUGACCCCUUUAUGCAUUCAUUUUUUUUUGGUUCUAUUCUAAACAGACCCGUAUCUCUCUCUCUCUCUCUCUCUCUCUCUCUCUCUCUCUCUCUCUCUCUCUCUCUGCCCAUUGGCUGCUGGGGUCCAUGGUUCACAUGCAGCCCAUCAUUGGUUUUUAUGAGUCUCACCCCCUCCCACUCGCAGCCGUCCUCCUCUUGCCUGUGUUUAGCAGAUCCAUGUCCAUCAUCUACCUCUGGACGUUCAAGUUCGCUGGCACGUCACGUCCGCACUUGAACUUGCAGCAGCUCAGGGGGCUUCGUUUACUUUCCAUUCCUGUCCUUUGAGUUCUUCUCCAAGAAGCCAUGAAGCCCAACGCAAGCGUCUUGCCAGUGCGCGCGCGUCUUCUCUACCGUUCUCUAUAAUUCAUGUGGGAUACCCGAUGCAUCGCUGAAGAAAAUUUUUACUCUGGACUCUCCGAAGACUCCGGCUCUUCCCAAUGUGAACCCAGCUGAGACCGUGUCCAACAUGUCUCGCCGCAAGCAGGGCAAACCCCAGCACUUAAGCAAACGGGAGUUUUCGCCCGAGCCUGUGACGGCAGAUAUCCCAGAGGACGGGGAAAGCCAUCCCGGAUCGGAACCAUCCACCCCUAAAGGGGAUCAGGACCUCCUCACCUGUGGUCAGUGCCGCUCCAGGUUUCCUUUGGCUGAUAUCCUGGUGUUCAUCGAGCACAAACGCAGGCAGUGUCAAGGCCGCCUAUGCAUGGACAAAGGUUUAGACCUGCCACCGUCGCCUCCACCCGCGGGCCCGAGGCGAGCCUGCGUCCCAGUGGAGGUGGCAGUUCAAGUUUCGCCCCAUGGAGAGGAGCAUUUAGCCUCCACGCCGCAUGGAUUACGGCCCAAGCAGGAGAAUUUAACAGAAAAAGAUGAGCCCAGCAGCUACACUUGCACAACUUGUAAGCAGCCCUUCAGCACUGCUUGGUUUCUGCUACAGCAUGCCCAGAAUACCCAUGGUUUCCGAAUAUACCUGGAGAGCGAACCUGGAAGCCCAUUAACUCCUCGGGUGGCCUCCGCUCCAGGCAUGGGUGGUGACUGUGCCUCACAGCCACCGCUGCAUGCAGCCCACCUGGCAGACAGUAGUCCCUAUAGCCUGAUGAGGAUAGCCAACAGAGAUGGGUCCUCAGUUCCUAGAGAAGGGCGAUAUCCCAGAACACCUCCACUCUUUAGUCCCCCACCACGGCAUCACAUGAGCCCAGACGAUCUGGCUAUGGCCCCCCAUCACCCAAGCGCCUUUGAUAGGGUAAUGCGUCUAAAUUCGGUACCCUUGGACUCCCCAUCUAUGGACUUCUCGAGACGACUACGGGAACUAGCAGGCAACUCUGCUGGGUCCUCUCCCCCCAUGUCACCCAACAGGCCUAGCCCUAUGCAACGGCUACUGCAGCCAUUCCAGCCAGGGGCAUCUCAUUCUCCCUCUGGAUCUCGUUCAACGCCUACUCAACAAACUCCAACCGUGCCAGCUGUGAAGGCAAAGUCUUGUGAGUUUUGUGGAAAGUCUUUUAAAUUCCAGAGCAACUUAAUCGUCCACAGACGUAGUCAUACAGGUGAGAAACCUUACAAGUGCCACCUCUGCAACCAUGCCUGCACUCAGGCCAGCAAGUUAAAGCGCCACAUGAAGACUCAUCGGCACAAAUCCUCCUCUACUACCUCCAAAUCAGAUGAUGGCCUUUCAACUGCCAGUUCACCUGAGCCAGGCACGAGUGACCUGCUAAGCAGUGCCACCAAUGCUCUGAAAUCUGUGGUGGCAAAGUUUAAAAGUGAGAACAACGGUGUGAUCCCUGAAAAUGGACAGGAGGAAGAUGAAGAAGAUGAUGAGGAGGAGGACGAAGAGGAGGAGGAGGAGGAAGGAGAGGAAGAGGAGGAGGAAGAAGAAGAAGAAGAGGAGGAGGAGGAGGAAGAGAAUGAGAGUGAGUCUGGUGAGAGGAAUGAUAUAAACUUUAGCCUGAGCCUAGAAGGUGCACGCCACCAUGAGAACAAUAGACAACGACACAACAAAAGUGUCGAGGGAAUUCAGGAUUAUCGAGAGGCCAUAAAACUUUACAAGCGAGGGGACCACAGAUCAGUUAGUGAGACAGGUGGGGACGAAUCCCCACAAGAGUCUGAUCAAGUCAACAAGGGAUACCUGCCAAUAGUAAAUGGAACAGCCUCCUACCCAAACGAGGACCUUUCAAGGAAACUUCUUACCGGAAGUCCAGAAUCCGGCAGUCCUCUCUCCAAACGUAUCAAGGUGGAAAAGGACCUUGAUCUUCCAACUCCUACAAUCCCCAACUCAGAGAACGUCUAUUCACAGUGGCUGGCCGGAUACGCAGCAUCGCGCCAGCUCAAAGAUCCUAUUCUCAACUUUGGGGACUCAAGACAAUCGCCUUUCGCCACAUCUUCAGAGCACUCCUCGGAGAAUGGAAGUCUCAGGUUCUCCACUCCCCCUGGGGAGCUAGAUGGAGGGACAGCCUCUGGGCGCAGUGGCACGGGAAGUAGGGCCAGUACACCCCACCUUCCCACUGGUCGACCCAGCUCCAAGGAUGGACGACGUAGUGACACUUGUGAAUUUUGUGGCAAGGUCUUCAAAAACUGCAGCAACUUGACAGUGCAUCGGCGCAGCCACACUGGUGAGAGGCCGUACAAGUGUGAGCUUUGUAGCUAUGCCUGUGCUCAGAGCAGCAAGCUAACACGGCACAUGAAGACGCAUGGACAGACAGGCAAGGACGUUUACAAAUGUGAGAUAUGCCACAUGCCUUUUAGCGUCUACAGCACUCUGGAGAAGCACAUGAAAAAAUGGCACAACGAUCGGCCCUUAAGCAUUGAAAUUAAAACGGAGUAAACUUUAAGAUGUCUUUCGCAAUCUUAGGAAAAAAAAAUAUUUAAAGCACAGCGUCAGUUAAUUAUGCUGGCUGAAAAUUUGUCAAAAUGACGCAAGACUCUGAGCCUCUCUAAUGUGCAAUAACUAAAUGUUUUGUACUUCUUUUCUUACUGGUUGGCAUGUUUUCGUGUGUUAGCUUGAUUGAUAAGCAUUAGCUGUGUUGCUGUUGUUACUGUCUUUUAUCAAACAGGACAUUUCAUGCUGCAAACAAUUAUUUUUUACAUAUCAUACCUAGUUGCGUUUUGUCAUUUAAGCCGUAAUCUUUUGACUACCUACAUUCACACUUGGGUUUACACUGUUCAUUAGGGGUAUAGACGAACUGUGGGGUUAUCGACGAACGUUUAAACGGUAACAUUUUACUAAAAUACUAAAAUUUUUAUUGUUGCUUGUGAAAAAGAGUGCCUUGGGUGUUUAAAGCAUCUGUGGUUUCUGCCAUUUGCCAUAAGCCUGGGGAUAUUAUUCAAUGCAAAAUUAGGUUCUUGCAUCAAGUACCUAUUGUGAAUUCGCUAAAUGCAGGAAUCCAGCAUAUGUUCUUAUGUAUAUCAUUUACUAGUAUAACAUGUUGUGUUUCUUUAAGUAUAAUUUUUUUGUUGGCAUGUUCAUGCCUUGGUGAGAUUUUACCUUGUGUUUUUGGUAUCAAACGAACAGGUACAUUAGUAAGUUUUCUUUUAACUUAGGGUCUCAGUGUUUCUUUGGGUUUUCUAUGUUUUUUUUUUUUUUUUUUUUUAGAAAGUAGCCCUGAAAAUGUGUUUUACUCAGUAGAUAGCCAAUGAAUUGGACUAUACUGAUAAAUUUCUAUUUGGUGCAUGGAACAAAAAGCAGAUUAUGUAAAUAUGUCCAUUUUUAUAGAACUAAUUUCUUGACAGGGUCAUCCAUGAAAAUUUAACAAACAGUCCCUGAAUAAGCUGUUAAAUAAUUGUCUGGAUUGAAAAUCCUUUACAUUUCAAAAUAAGCUCAGAUUGGCUAAAAAUUUAAAUAGUUUAGCAACACCAGUUUUGAUGGAGCAAUGCAGAAACUUAUUUCAGGACAUUUACACAUUAUUGGAUUAAAGUCUGAAUACUUUACAGUUAACUUGCUUGCAAACAGUUGUGUACUUCCACAACGUUUUCUUUUAUCCUACACUCUUCAGUUUCUAAAGUUAUGUACUGUAUAUACCCCUGUUUAUUAGUAAAGCACUUAGCCACGCUCACAUAUUUUGUGCCCGUCGAGUUGACAUUCAGACUUUUUAUUCUCUACAUUAACCCAUAGUGAAUUUUAUGAAUAGCACUUGCCACUCAGCCUAAAACUCUGUAUCUGUCCUGCUAAUCUACGGGCAGGUGGUUGAGUAUAAAAACGAAACAGCUCUCCAAUGGCACAAAAAACCUGCACUGUUCAAUUUUUUUCCUGUUUACAAGACACUUAAGAGAUAUUUCCUCUCAUAUGACCAACUUGGUGAGGUGUAAACAUAUGUGAAAUAGAGUUAGAUUAGAAUCGUGGUCAAGCAAAUAAGGACUUAAAAGAAGCUUAAAAAGGAAAAAAAUGAUAAAGACUGUUCAUUUAGAAGCUAGACUUUGGAACAGUGUAAGUAUGUUUAUCUCAGUGAAUAUACUCCAAACCUGCUACUUAAACAGCCAUUUUUAUCAUACUUUUUAAAAUGAAUUAAUGAUUAAAUGUUUCUUUUUGUAAUACUAUGGUGUUUUUAACAGGAAAUUAAUUUAAAGUGUUCCAUUUUUGCCGCUCAUCUUCAUUUCUUGGUGGGUUACAAUGUACUAUGUAAAUACUAAAUGUUCUGUGAUUUUUUUUUUUCUUCUGAUCCUUUUUUUCCCCCUUUGGCAUACACAGUCCUUCAGGAUGCAUUAUAAUGAGAUUGUAGGAGUACGUUUGACAUUUUAUAGGGCUGACUUAUGGUCUGUCAAAAGCUAUUGUGACACACUUCAGUUUGCCAUGUCAGUGUGUAGAGAAGAUCUGGAUUUAAUUGUUCAUCAACAGUAGUCAAGAUAGUAUUUAUAUAGAGACUAGAAUUCCAGACUGUUCCUUGUUCACUUUAAAGGUACAAAAAUACCUGUAGUUGAGCUCAGCAUGCUGCCACCAUUUUGCGUUUCUCCUUAACUUGGCAGGAUAAUAUAGUGAGAAUCAUUUUAAUGUAUGGAUCUUGAAAAUGAGUUUCUAAGAAAAAGCUAUGUGGGGGUUAUACAGAUAAAAGGCUAUACAAUGGUCUGUUGACGCAGUCCUCUUUGAAAUAACACAAUGAUGAGGAACAGGUGGUUUUAUGAUCUCUGGCCUUUGGAUAUGCAGUAAAGUUUCAUAGUUAGUGGGUUUCCCUCUUUAUUUUGAACUGUCCCUGUCUCCCCCACAACCUGAAACAUUCCAGUCAUCUUUGAAAGAAUGGAUGUCAUAUGCAAUGAAUCAAGAGUCAAUAAAUACAUUUAAAAUGCA